UAACGAACUAUUGAUGCACUGGCUAGCUCAUCGAACAUUUUCAAUGACUGGUAAUACUUUGAGAUUUUCAUUAUUCGUGUAAGGCCGUACAGUAUGAUUGGUUUGAAGAGCUUUGUUUUAGUUUUACUGGUUCUUGGAGCGGAUUUUAAAAUCCUAACUGGGACUGUUGAUACAUUUGAGAAUUUUCACUUUUUGGCCCGGUUCUGUUUUCGACCUCACAACGGAAAAGCUUCCUUUACGUUUACUUAUAGACGGGAGAAUGUGGAUAAUAUUUUACCUACCUACAAUUCACUGCUAAUGUACUACGACGGAAUUAAACAAUGGGAUGCUGCCUACAAAACUCCAAUGGCGUGUCACGAAAAAGUGGAUUUGCUGGAGGAUCAGAACGACAGUGAUCAGAUAGCAGAGCUCAGGGAGACGGAUGAAAGGUACUGUAGUCAAGAGGACAACACCGCCCCUCUUAUCAAUUGUACAAGUAAUUUUGAAAACAAGAAGGCUGUGUAUGCAGUAGGGGACCCAAACAUCGUGACAUUUCACAACGGAUACAUUGGCUUCCAGAACUCUCGGGCUAGAUGGUGGUACUUUGCUGUGUCCAACUGUGAUAAUCCUAACGGGGUUACAAGAAUGUCCUACACAGUUGAACUGACCAAUGGGGACACUUUCUGGACCAGACACGUGUCAGCAGAUGAAAUAGGGAUACUGGAAACGGACAUUGUUUUUGUGAUAUUGUUUAUCUACUUGGUGAUAGCUUCUGCUAAAGUUGCACGUACUCUAGCGAACAGGCAGCUCUACCAUACUUCCUUUAAAAUCUUCAUGGCCUCCGUUACUAUGCAAGCUAUAAGCCAGAUAGUGGUCGUGAUAUUCCGGUGUAUGAUAAACAUGAACGGACAGGAAAAUAAAGUGCUGAAAUAUUUUGGUAAAGCUAUUGCAGUUAUUGCUGAAACACUGUUCAUUUUGUUGCUCAUUCUUCUCAGUAAAGGCUGGACCGUAGUAAGAGGACGUUUGAGCACUCAAGGUACUAUGAUACUAUCAGCUUCUAUAACAUUUUACUUCUUAUCACAAGUGGUGGCUCUAUUUUGGUCUGCUUACAUGUUCGAUCCUGGUGAGGUACUAUACGAGUAUGAAUCUGCGCCUGGUUAUGUUGUAAUUGCAUGUCUUACUCUCAUGUGGAUAUGGUUUUGCACCUGCAAUUAUCACACUCUCCAAAAUUAUCCUGACCAAAAUAAAUUCUAUGGAAUCUUCUUCGCCGCUUACUCUAUAUGGUUCCUCGCGAAGCCUAUAAUGGUUCUCAUAGCAGCCUUCCAACUGGAGGACCACUACAGAGAAAAGGCGGUUAACGUGGUCCUAAACUCGAACCAUUUCUUCGGGUACAGUGUGUUCCUGGUCCUGACACGACCCUCCACAAAUAACAAGAUGUUCCCUUACAAUGUUAAAACCUCGCAGAUUGGGGUAUCAGGAACUGCAGAUGAUUUGGUUGACGGAGAAAGACCGAAAGCUUCCUCUUUUGAGCGGGCCAACAUGUUCAGAGCCGCAAGAACCGUUGAUGGAGGCCGAGGUGACGCGUACGCUGUUGGAUUCUCCUCGGUAGCAUACAACGCAGAAACUGGUGCUACCAACCUGGACAUGUUCAGUCCCUACGCUGGUCAAGAUCCGCCACACAUUUAAUAAAGAGUACUUAACACGGGUUUUAUCAAAUGGCUUUGUUAUCGGCCAGCACUCGUGGCUUAUUUAUAGACAUUAUUUGCAUUAUUAUGUUACGAAGGUCGAAGACCAUGAUUCACGAAGGCUCAUAAAGUUAUAAAAAUGCUUCAGACUUGUAAAAUGUAAAGCAUGAGACAAAAUAAAGUAUCCCCAUCCAUACUACGAUGUAUGGGCACUACGAUGUAUGGGGACUUACCACCCCAUGGCAACAUUAAACUAUAUCGACACUGUUACAUCGUUUCCUGUUAAUAUCAACGUAGUAUUAUAUGACUGCUCUAAGCCCUAGCUAAAACAGCCCAAAACGUAGGAUUUUAAAUAUUUAAGUGACUAUUCCGUAGAUUAUAAAAUUUCUUAGGCUUGUAAAGUUCACUUCCCCUGGAGGGUGCAGAAGUUAGUGCAGUGAGAAUUUCGUGAGUUUAGUCUAAAGAAAUAAGAUUUUUUGUAAAUCAUUCUAUUCACACAAUA